AUGGCCUCGUUCUAUAAGCUGAUGUGGUCCAACAAAGAAGGCCACAGAGCGGGACAGGUGAAAGAGUUGGAUCCACUGACACGGUCCGCAGAGGCGACUGAUUUUAAGGAGGCGGGUAUAUAUCCGCCGUUUCUUCUCCCAGCUGUAGGUUUUUGGAAGGUUGGCCUAGAGCCUACCCACGUUCUAAGGCCUAUAUGCCGCUCUCAUCAUUCCCGGUGA